AUGAUGUUCUCUGCCGAUUCCUCUUCUUCUGAGGAAUCCCCUCCCCCCUCACCAACUCUCUCCUCGGCGUCUCCCUUGUCCACCCCAUCUACUGCCAUCUCGCUGCCUGAACCCGAACCUACUCUCUUCCAAGUCUUUCAAGUGGAGGCCCCCCGCGGCCACCACAAGCUCUUCAUCUCGACCGGUCCUCAGCCAGCUAUUGGGUUCUUCUUCUAUGUUCUCCAUCUCCUCGGUCUCGCCCAGCCCAUGAUGAUCGCAAUGCACGACACUGUCACUUCCAUCCAACAGCUGGCCAUGGUCUUUGACAGCAGGCUUGUCGGGUCUAUUGCCGCCCAUGACUUGAACCGGCUUCGCAUGCUGAUUCGUGGCUUCGGGGUCCCCUAUUGCCCCAUGGAAUCUGACCCCCCGAUUGAGGCCCUUCGCCGCGCGGAGCGUUGGGUCCGCGAUGUCAUCGAUAUGCUCCUCGCGGAUGGCAUCCUCCAGCCACCGCCCCCUCCUCGACCUGCUCAUCAGCUCCCUCGACAUCAUCACACGGCGCACUGUAUUCACCAGCGCCUUCACGCCCACCAUCCGUACCGACGUCGUGGUCGUCGCCCGUUCGUGAACAACAACCCCCUCAUGAACCCUGGGAUGAACCCUUCGCGCGAAUCCCGCGACCGCUGA